AACUCUGCUGUUCCUUUACCCCCUGUAAAUAGUUAACAAGUGAACUUGAUUUUCUGUUUGCAUUGUUACACACACACACAUGCCCAAACACCCGCAGGGCAAUGUCCUAACAAAUACUCUCUCUUUCUCGGGUGAUCUUGCUGCACUCUUCUCAUCUCGUCGAUUAAAAUGGAGGACAACGGAAACAAUGCUGGCUUUUUUGAGAGUACUUAUAACAAACUGACUUAUCCUGAGGACAUUAGUGAAGAUGACCACAGUUUCAACUUGAACCAGGAGAGGCAACAAGUGUCCCUGUCCACAAUGGGGCCUGGAUCCUGUGUAAAUCGUUACAAAGUGCUUGCAGUGAGCCUGGCAGUGCUCGCUGCCUUUCUGCUGGCAGUUGAUAUUGGCCUGGGAGUCUACUACUACAGACUUACUUAUGGGAACCAUUUAGUAACAGACAUCAGCGCUGAGAUUGUCAAAUUGCAGGCUACUUACAACGCUGCACUCCAAAGCAAGACUGAAGCCAAACAGGAGGUGGCGAAAGAGAUCAAGUCGCAGCAAAUUACCAAGUGGGAGCUUGACCAUCUGAAAAGAAGGAAAAAAGAUACCGAAAAACUAAUAGACAGAACUGAAACGGAAAUAGCGAUGUUGGAAUCCCACAUGCCUAUGCUCAAAGAGGGCUGCAGACAGUGUUUGCCAGGCUGGACUGUCAUUAACUCCAUGUGUUACUUCUUCGCUUUAUCUGAGGAACUCUCACGGAGAUCAUGGAUGGAUGCCACACAUUUCUGCAAGAGGCAAGGAAGCGACUUAUUGGUGAUCAACAGCAGAGAGGAACAUAUGGCCCUUGCUGAAAUAGUAACAAUGUCUCGAGACCCCUCGAGAUCGCUUGCCCACAGUGGAUUCUGGAUUGGACUGAGAGAUGCAGAUGUGGAAGGAAGUUGGACAUGGUUGGAUGGGACAAGGCUGGAAGAGGGGUACUGGGAUAAUGGAGAGCCUAACAACCAAAACAAUGAAGACUGUGCUGCUAUGUAUCCCAGAGAAAACCCCUUUCAUUCAUGGAACGAUGCUCCAUGCAACUGGAACCUGAAAUGGAUUUGUGAGAGGACACCAAGACCUUUUAGCUCUAGCUUAAAUGUUUAAACAGAGAGUCAAGUCUGGCUUUAAGGCAUGGACGUGUCUUCUGAACUUUUUUUUUCUUUAUUGUCAUGUCUUUUGCAAGAGACUACAAAAUGUCCAAGAAGAUUAAAAUAAGAAAAAUACAUCUGAGUUAUAAAGGCAUCUACAAAAUGUAUGUAAAUUCUGUAACUGUUACAAAUAAAACCUUCACCUUUA